AUGGCUGUAGGAACAGUUUAUCCCGAACAGGACAGAUUAGACCGAAACGAACCAGCCAAUGCCAUCGUGCCACCUGGAAGCCCCAGCUUGAGCGCAAUUGCGGCGACAGCGGCAUCUCUAACUACUGACUCGUACAGCAUCCUUGCCAGCGCGGAUCUGACGUCAGCGCUCUCUCUGGCCGAACACGUGGCACGCCUGACCGCGACUCCGCACCUCUACGUGCAUCGCAGCAGCGUGGAGAAAGUCGCGGUGUGCGUGCGACAGCUGCUGCCGACCCUCCAUCUUCUGAAAAGCUCCGCCCCUUCGCUCUCCUUCGACCCGCGGUCCGCGUUCGUCCUCCGCCGUCUCGCGUCGGAGCUUAAAGACGUUAUCGCGUUGCUGAAAGCGUGCAAGCUGACUAUACCGGGGAUGUUUUUCAGCCUAGGGCAUCAUCAUAAGGGGCUGGCGCGCAAAGCAGACGCGUGCGUGACGGAAAUUCGACAUUGUCACACUGUCUGCUCGAUGCUGCUGGGACAGGCUUCUAAUACAAUCAAUCCCAAAAUCGCCGCCGACCACGGGCCGCUGUCGACCUCGUUAGUGUCACAAGCGCCACCACCGACGCUGCAGAACCACUUCCCGUUACGAACCGUCUCGUGCAGUCACACUAGUGGGUCGAGCAAGGAACCUUCCACGUUCCUGGAGUCGUACAGCGGGAGCGGUAUCACCGGCGGAAGCGGAAGCUCGGUAAUGUUCCCCGGCGGCGGGGCGGAACAGCCCGCGCGGGUUCUCCAGCAGGUGGCGGAAAUGUUUCCCCAGAGCCCCAUGAUCGGCCCCUCCGCCGCUACGUUUUCCGCCAAAGACUCCGCAAGGCCUCCCGGGAUGAUGACGUGGCAGCAGAUGCAGGUGCGCGGGAUCCCCCCGAGGUCGAUCUCCGCCUCCGCCGCUUCCGGGUUUGGCGGGCCGCCUGCGGGGGGACUGUACGGGAGGGGUGGGUCCGCGGGGCGGCAACGACCGGGGAUAUUAACAGGGGCGCCGCCGCUGGCGCUCCUCGGGGGGGAGCGGAGGGAGCGCGAUAGCAGCGCGGCCGAUGCUGCGGCCUCCGCGGCACUCGCCUUGAUAGGAGCUAACAACGGCGGCGGCGGCAGUGGCGGAGGGAGCCGGUUCGCGGGCCCGGGCCGAACCUACACCGUCUCCUCCGCUUCCUCCGGCAGGAUGCAGCCAUACUACGGCUCGAUCGCCGUCUCGCCUCGUCCGCUCAGCCCCGCGACCGCCGCCGCCGCCGCCGCUGCCGCCGCGUUCGCCGCGCCGAGGAUGUUCUCCCCGCGGCGCCCCCGCGCGUCGUCCCCGCUGCCGUCCGCGCUCAACCGGUCGAGUAUCUCCGCCGCCGCUGCGGCGAGCGCCAACGUGUGCCGGCUCGUGGACGCACUGGCGGAAGGAUCGGCGGAAGAGAAGCGCGCGACUCUGGCCUCGCUAAUGGAUGUGAUUGUAACGGAUGAGGGGAAGCUCCAAGCCGCGGCGGCGGGGGCGGUGCCGGUUCUGUCGGUGCUGCUGUCGCUGCCUGAAGACGACUUCCUAUUGGACGACGAGUCGGUGUUACCCGGUUGCGUAGACGACGAUGAUUGGCUCCAAGGAGGGGGGGUGCUUUCCGCCGGGGGAAGCGGAGGGGGGAGCGCGGGUAGCCGGGGAACGGGGAAAACAGGAGGGAGCAGUGGUGGGGAACGGGGAAAACCAGGGGGGAUAAGUUGCGGAAGGGGCGCGGUGGCGGCGUUGCUUCCUCUUCCGCCGCUUCCGGAGCCCCCUCAGCGCGAAUCGCUGAACCUACUCGUGGCGCGCGCUUUGGGGCAGCUCUCCACGCUUCCCGCUAAUUGCCAGGUCAUCGCCAAGGCGGGGUGCGUGCCGUCGCUAAUCGCCAUGCUUCGCGGCGGCAACCCCGAGGCGCAGGCGGUCGCGGUGAACCUGCUGCUGAACCUUGCGACGGGCUGCGACAGCGACUGCGACAGCAAAUCGCCCGUGAUCGUCGCAGGCGAGGCGAUCCCGUCACUCGUCGCCAUUGUCCAAUCAGCAAGCGAGGCGAAAGUCCGGCGACAGGCGAUGGAGGCCCUCGCGCAUGUCGUCGCGAAGGCCAAGGAGAACCAAGACGCCGCGGCGCGAGCCGGCGCGAUCCCGAUAUUGACAGAAGCGUUACGAGAAGGCUCGCUGCUGGUACAGGAAAAAGCGGCAUUUGCGCUGGGCUCGAUCGCGGAGGAUAACGACGAAAAUAAAAUAAUGAUUGCUGGUACGGGAGCUGUGCCGCCGCUGCUAGAUCUCCUCCUGUGCGGGCCGGCAGAUAUCAGCCUGCAGGAGCGCGUUUCGCGGCGGACGGCGUGGGCGUUGUUUGCGCUGAGCUCGCAUCGUUUGUCCGCUUCGUACAUCGUCGCCUCUGGUGGGUUGGACGUUGUGAAACCCGCGUGCCCGCUGCUGCCGGAGGUGCAUGUGGACGCGACAGCCAGCAGCCAGGCCGCUCAAUGCUGUGGGGACUCCGGCAAUCCCUGUGGCACAAUCGAACAGGCUCUUACCAUUAUCCCUCCUACAGGCGGAACCAUCCUCCUGUCCCCUGGCACUCACGCUGUCCCUCCCCUCGGCUUGCAACUGGGGGGUCUUCCCCUCACCAUCACUGCUGCCACUGCUACUGGUGACACCUCCGCCCCUCCGGUCAUCAGCUGUGAGAGCAGCAACGGCAGCAACAGCAGCAGCGGGUCGUGUUUAACUGCCACGUGUGCAGCUUCCAGCACUGGAGCAGGGGGCGGGAGCAUUUGCAGUGAGCAGCAGGCGAAGCUGGUGUUGCGGGGAGUGGUAGUGGCCAAUGGCAGAUCAGAAAUCACCAGCAGUGCUGGCACUGGCAGCAACAGCAGCAGCAGCAGUGCUGGUGGCAGCGCAGGAAGCGGGGGUUGUCUGCUGGUGCAGGGGCAGGCAGUGGAGGUGACAAACUCCUCGUUCCUCAACUGCACUGCUGCUGACGGUGGUGGGGCAAUCUUUGCUGUUGAUUCCCCCAACGUUACCAUCUCUGGCUCUCGCUUUGAAGGCUGUAAGGCUCUUGGCGGCCCCACUGCCACUGCUGGCGCUGCUGGUGGUGCCGGUGGUGCUGGCGCCGGUGGUGCUGGUGCUGCUGGUGGUGCAGCUGAAACCAUUGGCAAAGGAGGAGGAGCCGUUGCUCUAUACAGCGUCGCCCACGUGGAGGUCUCCGAUUCGUCCGUUCGCGACUGCAUCUCCUCAUCCACCAAUGGCGGCGGCCUCACCAUCGUCUCGUCCAACGCCGCGCUGACAGCAGUCCGCUUCUCGGGCUGCUACGCGCAGAACCUGGGCGGCGCGGUCUCGUCUUCUUCCUCCAACGUGACUGUAUCGAGCUGCGAGUUCCGCGACUCGCGGGCCAUGCGGGGAGGAUGCUUCUCGGACGAUUCCUCCCCGCUCGUCUCCAUCUCCUCCUCCUCGUUCCUCCGGUGCAACGCGGAUGUAUCUAAGGAAGGGGAUAUUUACAGCAAGGUGAACGGCGGUGGGGUUGCACUCAAUGCAACCGCCUCUUUCACCAUCCAAAACUGUACCUUCUCCCGCUGCCUCGCGGUUAUGGACGGGGGCGGUCUCGACGCUCUCGACCCCGGAAACCUCACUAUAGACUCCUCCACUUUCCGCUUGUGCUCCGCGUACGAUAAUACUGGCGGCGGCGGGGGAGCGGUGUCGUCCCGCGGCGGGAACAUCACCAUUCGGGGAACUCUGAUGGAGAAAAACUGGGUUAACAGCACUAUGGUUGGGUUUGGGGGCGCGAUGGCUAUCAUGGAUACAGAAAUGGGGAUUUUUAACUCGACUUUUCGGGAGAAUAUUGCGUAUGGGCAUUUGUACGGGACGCUGAGCCAGGGAGGGGUGAUUAAUCAGCAGUGGACGAGGCGGGACGUGGUGAUUCCGCUGGUGAUGGAGGAGUGUGCGUUUGAGAGGAAUGUGGCGGAUUUCGGAGCGGUGGGGUACUUUGAGGGCCAUGUGACUGUGAGGCGGUCGCGGCAUGAGAGGAACGAGGCGCAGUUCAGAUAUGGAGGCGCGUACUACGCCACCAUGAGCACCACCAUAGAGGAUUCUCUUUUCGCACACAACACCGUGCUGCAGGACGGGGGGGCGAUCGCCACAGCAGGGCUGAUGGCCACGGUGGUGCGCGGGUGUGUGUUUCGCAACAACACCGCCAUCUCUGGGGAGGGGGGCGCGAUCGUUGUGCUCGAGGGAACGGAGGGAGCAGUGGAGGUGGAGGGGAGUCGAUUUGAGGGCAACACAGCACCGGCAUCCAAGGGGGGAGCCAUCUCUGCUGCCUCUGCUCGCCUCACUCUCGCCCACACCACCUUCCACCACAACCAUGCUCUUGUCAAGGGCGGUGCUGUUGCUGUUUCGCACCCAACUUCUCCUCCCAGCGACAACACCACCACCACCACCGGCAGCAGCAGCAGCACCCUCCCCACAGCACACUUCUCAAACGUGACCUUUGGUGAAAACAGCGCCACACUGGGAGGAGCAGCGCUGCAUCUGGGCUUGGCGGCGUGCGCUGCCCUCAUGGGGUGCCGCCUGGAGGGCGGGCAGGCCAGCAACGGAGGCGGUGUGAUGCUGGAGGAGUUCGCACAGCUGCAGAUGGCACGAUCCGAGUGCACUGGGAACAGCGCGCCAUCCGGGGGAGGGUGCAUCUCCAUGAGCGAGCUGGCCUCCGUUACAAUCACAUCCAGCAACGUCACGUCCAACCAGGGCGGCAACAAGGGCGGCGCCAUCCAAGCCACGGGAGAGACCCGCUUGUCCAUCACGGAUUCCCAUCUCUUCAACAACUCGGCCAUGGAUGGCGGCAUGCUCUGGGCCGAGAUGGACUCCCAGGUACACAUCUCCUCGUCAGUCAUCGCACGCAACACAGCCACCAUCCAGGGCGGGGCGCUCUACUGCAUUCAGAACGCGCGCCUCUCGCUGCUCGCCUCCUCCCUGCGUGCCAACACUGCCGCACGCGGCGGGGCCAUUCUCGCCGAAGGGGGAGUCAGGCUGCUGGUCGCUGUGCGGGUGGGCAGCAAAACGCCCACAGUGUUUGAAGGGAACUCGCAGCAUGCGGUGGUGCUGCAGGGGCAGGCAGUGGGGUCGUUCUAUGGGUCGGUUCUCUUUCGGGGGAAUGCGGGGGGAAGCACGAUGGACGUGGGGGAUGGAGGGGCGAUUUUUGCCACGGAUUCGACCGUAGUGGUGGUGGGGGGUGGAGUGGGGUUUGAGGGGAACACGGGGCAUAGAGGAGGCGGGGCAAUCUUUGUGGCCGGCAACACGUCCCUGCAGAUCUCCGAUUCGAUCUUCGAGUCCAACCGGGCGGCGACGGGGACAGGUGGCGCGAUCCUAGUUCUCGACUACGCGCACGGGGACCUGCGUGAUUGCGCUUUCCGAAGCAACGAGGCAGGCUCGGACGGAUCCGCUGUGUACCUGGAUCGGGGAGGCAUGGGGGGAGGUUCGGGAGGAGGAGCGGGUGGGGGUGAGGAAAGAGGGGGAGCUGGGGGAACGGGGGGGGCGGGAAGUAACCUUGGUGUUGCUGGCAAUGCCACUGCUGGUGCAGCUAGCGCCAACGGUAAUGGUAACACCAACACCAACAGCAGUGCCAGCGGCAGCAGCGGCAGCGGCAGCGGCAGCAGUGAUGGGGGUGUGAGUGUGAGUGGCGGGCUGCUGCCUCUGAACGUGUCUGGUCUGUCGUUCUACCGCAACAGAGUCACUGGUAACGGCAGCAUCCCGGCUCUUGCCAGCGGUGGCAGUGCUAGUGGUGCUGGUGGUGGCAGUGGUGCUGGGGGAAGGGGAAGUGGGGUGGGUGCAGGAGGGGGAGGGGCAGGGGGGAUUGCGAUGGCGGCGGGCGGGCUUGGGUCGGCGUUUCUUGACGCGACGUUCCUGCCUGCCAUGCGGUCGACGUGUGUGGGGUGUGAGAGCAAAGACAAGCAGGACACCAUCGGCACCCUCCCUUCCUCCUUCCGCCUCCAGUGGUCAGGCCAGAACGACUCACCUGCAGGCUCAACAACAACAUUCCAGGUGAAGGGCGAUCGGGCCAACCCAGUGACAGGGCUGCACGUCACGGUGCUGGACGCAGCAGGCCUCAUCCCAGUCAACGACUUCUGCGCCAAAGCCUCCAUCCUCCCCACUCCCUCUCUCCAUCCCGCUCACUCCCCGUCUCCCCUUUCUCAUGCCUCCUCCACCCCCCUGGCCAACCCAGUGACAGGGCUGCACGUCACGGUGCUGGACGCAGCAGGCCUCAUCCCAGUCAACGACUUCCGAGCCAAGGCCUCCGUCCUCCCCACUCCUUCCAUCAGCGGCCUCCUACAGGCCAUAGCAGUCAACGGCCGCGCCACCAUCCCCCCCGUUUCCAUCGUCGAACCACCCGAAUCCGGGAAUCUCUCGCUUACGCUGUCGGUCUCCUCGUCGUUGGAUGCGUUUCCGCCGAUCGCACGGACGGUUGAGAUCGUCUUCUGCCCGCCCGGGCAGUUUUACACCCGCCCGGGGAUGACCUGCGAGGUCUGCCCAAUCGGGAGCUGGUGCGGGUCAGGGCGGGGCGCGGAGUUCUGCCCGCCGGGCAGCUUUAGUUUUUUCCCGGGCACAGCAUCCCUCACCGAUUGUUUACCCUGCCCGAUGACCCGCGACGUUCUUAAAGACACGCUAGCGGUGACGUGCGAGCAAGGGAAUAUGACAGUAGAGGAGGGGUUCUGGUUUGACUUCAACAGUAUCAGCUCUGGCAUCCCUGCUGUGUAUGCCUGCGACGUGUUAGAUGGAUGCGCAGGCUUGGUCUACCCCUCCUCCUCCUCCUCCUCUUUUCCCACCGCUCCCACUGUAAAUACCACCCAAACGCAGCAGCAGCAGCAGCAGCAGCAGCAGCAGCAGCAGCAGCAGCAGCAGCAGCAGCAGCAGCAGGCGGCAGCAAAUUCCACUCUGGACCAGCAGCAGUGCAAGGUGGGAUACAACGAGAAUCGGCUCUGCUCUAGCUGCUCCCCCGGAUACUACUCAGUGCUCAAGUUCUGCUACCAGUGCGCGCCCACCUUCCAGCGCCUCUUCCCGCUGCUGCUUCUGCUCAUCGUGCUCGCCUGGGUGGCCAUGGGGAUUUUGUCGGACUCGUUUCACACCAUUGCUAUACUCGCUAUAGAGCUGCAGAUGCUGACGUUUAUCGGGUCGUACAACCUCCCGCUGCCCUCCUGGGUGAACACCAUUAUUCAGUACUUCCAGAUCGCGCUCUUCGUACCGGACGUGAUCGGGCCAGGCUGCACAGUCACCUACUCAUUCGUGCAGGAGUGGGCAGUCACCAUGGUCAUCCCCGUUUUAGGCGUCCUCGUUUACGCAUGCCUCUACCUCACACACCGCCUCUACUCCCACACCAUCACCCGAAUCUACGGCACCCCCAAGAACCACCCCAUCACCAGCACCACCAGCUUCACCCCUUCGGCCGCCGCCUCCGCUGCUGCUGCUGCUUCUGCUGCUGCGUCUGCUCCCUCUCUCCGCACCGAUACCAACGGCACCAGUUUCUCGCGAGCUCCAAGCGGCAUCGGCUCUCGGGCAGACGACUUGGGCGGGCACGUGACGACAAAGCGCGAGAUGUUUGACAAGUACGAGAACACUCUGAUCCACGGGGUGACCAACUGGCUCGAUCUGAGCUACGCAGCUGUAACCUUCCGGUGUUUCCAGGCGUUCUACCGGCACUGGUACGGCGCGGACGUGAUGGGUGCUGCGCCGUACAUCGGGUGGUUUUCGGAGACGCAUACGGUGGUGUUUGCGCUGUCGGUGGUGAUUGCGGUGGUGUAUGUGGCGGGUGCGCCGGUGUGCUAUGCGCUGGUGCUGUGGCUGGGGAAGUCGAAAGGCUUGCUGGCGAGUCAUACGUACAAGAUGCGAUGGGGGUGGAUGGUCAGCCGGUACGAGUACGACUACUUCUGGUGGCACCUCACCUGCUAUGCCCGUCGCAUCAUCCUCGUCUCCAUCACCGUCUUUGGCGUGCAGUCACCCCAGACGCAGGUAUCAGUGACCCUGCCCCUGCAAGCCAUUCGCAUCGGCCUACAGUACGGCGCAUCCCCCUUCGCAGCCUUCUCGCACGACGUGCUCAACUCGCUGCUCGCACUCGCAGAGCUGCUCUUCACGGUGGCGCUCACGGGCUUUAACUACAUUGGCAUCACCACCGGGGCCAACGUCCUCUUUGCCUUCUCCUUUGCUCUCGUCUUCCUCCCCACGCUCCUCAUCCUCUGCUACGAGCUCGUCAACUGGUACAUAACGCGCUGCAAUUGCAGGGAACUGAACAGCAUGUGGCAGACAGACAAGGCCCGCAAGUCCUUACGUUCGCGCAAGCACCUGGCGGCACUCUCAGUGGACGACCUCGUGCAUCCCUCCGACAUCGCCCGCUGGUUCCGUCCCCACGUGCUCUCCGCCUUCCUCUUCCACUACUCCUCCGCCUCCCCCGCUUACCACGCCGCCCGCCGCAAAACCCUCUCAGACGAAACAGGCUUGGAAACCGGCACUGCUGCUGGUGCUGGUGGUGGUGGCGGGGAGUUUCAGCACGUGGGUACGGCGGAGAUGCGGCGGCGGCGGCGGCUGCUGCUGCGGCUGCGGGACCGGUUUGAGCGGAUCCGGCUGGCGGGACCCGGGGAUGCGCAGUGGAUGAAGCACUUAAGGAGGUUGGAUGUGACAGGGACGGGUGCAGCUGGGGUGGGUACACCUGGAAGAGGUACACCUUUUGGGGGAGGUACACCUGGGCGCAGCACACCUGGGGGAGGUACACCUGGGGGAGGCACGCCUGGAGGGGGAGGUACACCUGGGCGCGGCGUGGCACGAUUUGGGUCUCGCAGCCUAUCGAGACGAGAGCGGUGGGUGCAGCCUGAGCUGAGUCGAGGUGGUGAGGCGAAUAGAGGUGAUUCGUUUAGAGGUGAUCCGUUUAAAGGUGAUCCUUCUAGAGGUGUAGGGGAUGGAGCAGGAGGAGUGGGAGGGGGAGGGGGAGGGGGAGAGGGAGGGAUGGGGGGGUUGGGAGCGGUUGGGGGAGUGGAAAUGGGAGUGGGAGCGGUGGGAUGGGAUCCAGAUGAGGAGGACGAGGAGAGAAUGCUGCUGGAGUGGCCGCCCAGGCUGGACCACCACGUCAGCUGGACGGCAACUAAUGCCGCGGGCGGCGAGCUCGAGCGGCGGGGUUUGUCUGGUAGUGGAGAAGCGGAUGUUCUGGUGAAUGGGGAGGGGGAGGAGGACGGGGAGGAACUGGAGAGGAAUGGGUGGCGUGGGGAGGAGGACGGGGAGGAAGAGGGGGAAGAGGGUGAGGAUGAGGAGGACUGUGAGGGAGAUGAGGAGGAGGAUGAAACAGAUUUAGAGGAGAGAGCAGAGCAACGGCAGCAUCAGCAGAGGGAGCAGGGUGGGCAAGGGGGUUACAGAGGCGGGUACAGGGAGGAGCAUGGAGGCGGGGGAGAGGGAGGAGAGAACGGAGAGGGCGGAGAAGGCGGCUAUGUGGAGGCGAGGAUGAACAUGGCGGAGCUCACGCUGCUCUUCCAGCGCCACCUCGCUCUCCUCGUGCGCUCCGAGGCCCUCCGCCGCCCCACCUCCCUGCGCCUGCUGCUGCGAUCAGAGGCCAUUCCGGACCUUCUGGCCUGGCUCACUUCCCCCCACUGUGAGGCGGAGGAUCAGCAGGUGCUGAGGGACGUGGUGGCACUGAUGCGGUCGGCAGCGGUGGAGGAGGCGGGCAGCCUGCAUUGGUCGAAAGGCUUCUGGGCCUUCUUCCGCACCCACUCUGUGCUGCACCGCGCCAAGACAUGUGCUGUGAGAGAGGCAGGCAGCCUGCAAUGGUAUCAGGGCUUCUGGGCCUUCUUCCGCACUCACUCCGUGCUGCACCGCGCCAAGGCCUGGCCGCGCUCCUCUCAGGAUUCCGGCUCCAACGUUAUCCUGUGGUGGGCAGCAGCACCAGCAAGACGGGUGCAGCUGUCAGCAGUGCUCACAGCACACAAUGGGCGCAUCACAGCGCUGCUGCUCCCAGUGGACCUCUCGCCCUUCCUUCCUCCGCUCUCCCAUGAUCCCUGCACGCACCCACUGCUCUUGCCUUGCAUGCAGGGCUCCAACAUUCUUAUGUGGGGAGCAGCAGCAUCAGCAAGAGGCUCCAACAUUCUUAUGUGGGGAGCAGCAGCGUUAGGAAGGGUGCAGCUAUCAGGGGUGCUCACAGCUCACAAGGGGCGAAUCACAGCACUGCUCCCAGUGGACCUCUCGCCCUUCCCUGCCGCUGCCCGCCUCGUCCCGCCCCUCCCCGCCCACACCUUCCUCCUCUCCACCAGCCUGGACCGCACUCUACGCCUCUGGGGCAAGACCACCUGUCUGCACUCCUUCUCAGGGCACACAGGCCCCAUUCUCUGCCUCUCAGACCGCAUCAUAGGCACUCAACACCCCUGCAUAGGAAGCGGACAUGAGACUUCGGGACCUGCUUUCUCCUCUUCUUCUUCUGCAUCUUCCUCCUCGUCCUCCUUCCUCCCAUGUGUCGCCACCGGCAGCAGCGACAGCACCGUUCGCAUCUGGUCCCUCCUCCCAUCAGGGAAGGGGCGGUCAUCAUGUGUUGCCACACUGAAGGGCCAUGAGGGGCCAAUCGCUGCUCUGGCUGUUGCCACGCACAACCCCUUCCUUCUGGCUAGUGUUGCACGUGACGCCAAGCUGCGUUUGUGGGAUUGCCACCACAUAGUUCCUUCCACCACCACCACCACCACCUCCUCCUCUUCCUCCUCCUCUUCCUCCUCCUCCUCCUCCCCUUCCAUCGGCACGUGUCGCACGCCCGCAGCGCCCUUCGCUCUCCUCCCCCUCCCACCUCACCCAUCCCAUGCGCUGUGCCUCGUGGUGGGCAGAGGAGGCAUUGCAGCAGUGGACCUGCUGACAAUGAAACAGGUUCUAGCCCUCCCAUGCGGGUCCUCCCCCCUCUCCUCCUUCGCCUCCUCCCCAUCAUGCUGCAUCAUUGCAGCGAGUUCCGAGGAUGGCUGUGUUAGGCUAUGGCGCAUGGGGCAGGCACCCAAUGGACAAGCAGUGGGUGCGGUUGAUUUGGCCUCGGGAUUUUGGCCAGGAGGGCAGGUAUCAGCAGGCAUGCGAGAAACUAAAGUGCUCUCAAGCUGCCAGGCAGGCGUGGCUGAGUUCACGCUGCUCGCCUGCUCAAAAGCGCACAACAGUACAGUGGAUUUACUGUACCUGGACGGUUAUAAAUGCAUCAGUGGGAGCCGAGGGGACGGAGUGUUGUGUGUGUGGGAUGUGGAGACUGGGGAGGAGAUUUGCUCGUUGGACGCUACUGUUCUCCCCCCAUGGCUGGUGGAUACUACAGAUGAUGCAAGUGACCAGGGUGAUAAUGGUGGUGGUGCUGCUGGUGGUGAUGCUGCUGGUGGUGGUAACCUUACAAAUGCUGGUAACCACAGGGAUUUAACUGCGGAUGUUGACCUUAUAGGGGAAGGUGGUGCUACAGCUGAUGCUGCGACUGCUGGCGAAAGUAGGGGCAAUGCUCCUGAGACG